CCCAUUUUAGGGGGUCCCCGCUGCUUCUCCGCCCUGGGGGGGGGUCCCCCCCGCCCCCCCCCCGUUUUGGGGGGUCCCCCCAGCCCCGUUUCGGGGGGUCCCCGGCGCCCCAUGGCCGGACACAACCGCUGGUCCAAGGUGAAGAACGUGAAGGGGCCGCGGGACGCGGAGCGGAGCCGACAGUUCCAGCGCCUCGGGCAGAUGCUGCGAGCCGCCGCCAGAGAGGGUGGUGCUGACCCGUCCCUGAACGCUGCCCUGGCUCAGGUGGUGGAGCAGUGCCGGGCCCACAACAUGCCCAAGGCCAACAUCGAGGCCGCCCUGCGCAGCGCCGAGCGCUCGGGAGGGGGGUCCCGGGUGCUGCUGGAGGCUCGGGGCCCGGGGGGCUCCGCGCUGCUGCUCGAGGUGCUCACGGACAACCCCCGGCGCUCCCAGCAGGAAUUGAGGCUCAUCCUCACCAGGAACGGGGGGUCUCUGUCCGAGGGGGCCCGUCACGGCUUCGAGCCCACGGGGGUGGUCCGCGUGGCCCCCCGGGACGGGCGUGGCCAGGGCGUGUCCAUGGAGGCGGCGCUGGAGGCGGCGCUGGCGGCCGGAGCCCAGGACGUGGCCCCCGACGACGACGACGACGGCGACGAGCCGGCGCUCAAGGGGCCGCGGGCGCAGGCGGAGCAGCUGCUCCAGGCCCUGGGCGACCACCCCGACGUCGUCCAGCUCUUCCACAACAUCCAAUAG